GGCCCAAGACUAGUUGGUGGAACCCAUGCUUGUGAAGGCAGACUUGAAGUCCAGUAUGGAGAAACGUGGGGGACAAUUUGUGAUAACAACUGGGAUAUGAAUGAUGCCAGAGUUGUCUGUAACCAGUUGAGCUGUGGAAUUCCACUAUCAAUACCAGAAGGAGCUCACUUUGGAGAAGGUCUGGGUCCAGUAUGGCAAGACAGUUUUGAGUGUCAGGACAAUGAAUCACUUCUUUGGUACUGUCCUAUUUCACCACAAAAAAGGGAAAACUGCACACACAGAAAUGAUGCUGGAAUUGUUUGUUCUGGUGACAAUGGACCAAGACUGACAGGGGGUGCAGGUAUGUGCUCUGGGAGAGUUGAAAUACUGCAUGGAGGCAAGUGGGGCACAAUCUGUGACAAAUACAUGGAUCUGCAAGAUGCAAAUGUGAUCUGUGAACACCUAAACUGUGGCGCAGCUGCUGCUGUCCUCAAAGGGGCUUACUUUGGAGAGGGACGUGGCCCUAUAUGGAAGGAUCAUUUUCUCUGUCGGGGUGAUGAGCUAUCUCUGAGGGAAUGCUCAGUUACAUGGGUGCAACACAACUGCACUCAUGAGAAUGAUGCCAGCAUUCUUUGUUCAGGAAAUCAGAUUGCCAUUUUGGGCCAUUCCUAUAGCCACUGCACAGAGAAAAGGGCUGCAUUUAGGACAGAUGGAAAUAAUUUAGGAUUGUCUUGA